GUUUCAGAUUCCAGUGAUGGUGGGAGGUUAGGGGUGAACUCAUUUAAAAGUGUCGAAUAAAUUCAGAGGCAGUGUCACUGCUGCAUCCAACUGAGCGUGCAAUUCAGCAGAAGACUGUUACUUCGCCAGAACAAAGUUUUUAAAGGUUCCAUUGAAAGCAUAGCCAUGCUGGUCUCUUCUGCAUUGUGGUCAUUCCUCAGUCUGUUGAACCUACUGACCCUGGUUCAGGCCCAGACUCAAUCUCAACAGCCCAAGAUCCAGCUCCGCCUAGCUGGAAACAAACGCAAGCAUUACGAGGGCCGUGUGGAGGUCUACUAUAACAAUGAAUGGGGAACUGUCUGUGAUGAUGACUUCUCAGUUGAAGCCGCCCACGUCGUAUGCCGGGAACUUGGCUUCCUAGGUGCCGUUUCCUGGUCACCAUCUGCAAAGUUCGGGCAAGGAGAAGGUCACAUUUGGCUGGACAAUGUCCACUGCACAGGAAGAGAGAAAUCUCUAGCUGAUUGCCCCUCAAAUGGUUUUGGUGUUUCGGACUGCAAACACAGUGAAGAUGUCGGGGUGGUUUGCAAUAAGAAGCGCAUCCCUGGCCACAAGUUCAUCAAUACCUUGAGCAACGAUGUUGAGACUCUCGAAGAAAGGGUAGAAGAAAUCCGUAUGCGACCCAUAUCGUCCCAUCUCAAGCGCAUACCUGUCACGGAGGGCUACGUGGAGGUGAAGGCCCAUGGAAAGUGGCGGCAGAUCUGCGAUGAGGAAUGGACUCCCAUGAACAGCCGAGUCGUCUGUGGAAUGUACGGAUUCCCCAGAGAGAAGAACUACAACAACAAAACCUACAAGUCGCUGUUAAUGCGGAAGAAAAAGAACUACUGGGGUUUCUCUGUGAACUGUACAGGAAGCGAGGCACAACUGUCCAGCUGUAGACUGGGCAAACCUCUGGAGCCAAAGCGCAAUGGCACAUGUGGACGUGGCCUGCCCGUGGUUGUUAGCUGUGUGCCUGGAAGAGCUUUUGCCCCCUCAUCUUCCACUGGCUUCCGAAAGGCCUACAGACAAGCGCAACCCCUGGUGCAACUGCGGGGAGGUUCGAACAUCGGUGAGGGUAGAGUGGAGGUACUGAAGAAUGGAGUUUGGGGAACAGUGUGUGAUGAUAACUGGAACCUGAAGGCCGCGACCGUUGUGUGUCGAGAGCUGGGCUACGGGAGCGCUAAAGAGGCUCUCACUGGAGCAAAGUUAGGCCAAGGAAUGGGUCCGGUCCAUAUGAAUGAGGUGGAGUGCUCUGGUUUCGAGAAGUCUCUUACUGACUGCUACUUCAAUAAUGAUGCACUGAGCUGCAGCCAUGAGCAGGACGCUGCUGUACGCUGCAAUGUUCCUGCCAUGGGUUUCCAGAAGAGGAUUCGUCUAAGUGGAGGAAGAAACCCCUAUGAGGGACGUGUCGAGGUUCUUGCUGAGAAGAAUGGUUCACUGGUUUGGGGAACCGUUUGUAGUGAAAACUGGGGGAUAAUAGAGGCAAUGGUGGUCUGCAGACAGUUGGGAUUAGGCUUUGCCAGUCAUGCAUUUCAGGAGACGUGGUACUGGGCUGGAGAUGCCAGUGUGGAUAAUGUGGUGAUGAGUGGGGUCAGAUGCUCAGGCACUGAGAUGAGUCUCGCACAGUGUCUCCAUCACGGCAAUUACCUCAACUGUCCUAAAGGAGGCGGACGCUUUGCCGCUGGAGUCUCCUGCUCAGAAACGGCCCCUGACCUGGUGCUGAAUGCUGAGCUGGUACAGCAGACAACUUAUCUGGAAGACCGGCCCAUGUACGCUCUGCAGUGUGCCCUCGAGGAGAAUUGCUUGUCCAGCACUGCCAGAAGAGGUGACCACAGCUCGUACCGCCGCCUGCUCCGUUUCUCCUCCCAGAUCCACAACGUCGGCCAAUCCGACUUCAGACCCAAAAUGGGAUACCAAGCGUGGACCUGGCAUGAGUGUCACAGGCAUUAUCACAGCAUAGAGGUUUUCACACAUUAUGACCUGCUGAGUCUUAAUGGCACCAAGGUGGCGGAGGGUCACAAGGCCAGUUUCUGUCUGGAGGACACUCAGUGUGAUGAGGGUAUUCAGAAAAAAUAUCUUUGUGCCAACUUUGGUGAGCAGGGCAUCACUGUUGGCUGCUGGGACACUUACAGACAUGACAUUGAUUGUCAGUGGAUCGAUAUCACAGAUGUGAAACCAGGAGACUACAUAUUCCAGGUUAUAAUCAAUCCAAACUAUGACAUAGCUGAAUCAGAUUACACCAACAACAUCUUGAGGUGCAAAUGUCGCUAUGAUGGAUACAGGAUAUGGACGUACAACUGUAUAACAGGUGGCUCGCGGAGUUCAGACAUGGAUGAAUACCCUGGUAUGAGCAACCAGUUGUUCCACAGAUAGAGGAAACUGUCAAGAAAGACAAAGGCUCUCGGUGGAGAAUAAUGCAAGCUGUCACUCAGACUUUUACAAUUUGAUAGACCACUAGAGAGACUCACAACUGUGCUAGGAGCAAGAGAUCCAGCACUUUAAGUGCAGACACUGACCUCUGCCCUUUUUACAGACCUCCAAGUGUAGAUUCACCCUUUAGGUUGAAAGGCAGAUCAUGAUUUUGCAUGAUUCCUACUACAGUAUAUUGCGCUUGCUCUGAACAGAAAGUGUCACUUCCUUAAAAUGUACUGUACUGAUUGCAUUUGUCACUUAGUCUUUACAAACUGAUGCCAAGAAGCUUUGUUUAAACUGUCAUGCGAAUUGGGAUCAUCGUCAACUUAUCAAUUCUUUCAGAUGCUUUUUCUCUAUUGUAAUAUAAUUUUAAGGGAUAGUUCACCCCAAAAUGAAAAUUGUCAUUCACUUUCCCUCAACACAAAACGUUUAGAAAGUCAUACAGGUUUUGAACAACCCAUGAGUAAUUGAUUACAUUUUUAGGUGAACUAUCCCUUUAAAAUAUUACAGUUUCAUUAAAUCCAACUUUUACUUCUCAUGUACACAAUUACUUGCAGCUCUUUUACACUUAUAUGGUUAUUCAUCAAGCAUGUCAAGUAAUUUAUUACUGUAUGUUCAGUCAGGGAUUUUGUCUUGUCAACGUCAAAUGUAUGCAAUGUGAAACUGUAAUUUGUUGCUAAUCUUUUGAAAAAGCUCCCUCCGUUUUAUGAGGGUAACUAUGACCAGUUAAUUGUUUUUAAGAUAUACAGUGUGUAUAUGACUGAAUGAAACACACUGUGAAACCAUCGCAUUGUUUUCUAUAACAAAAGAAUGGACUAAGCAAUUCAUAUUGUUACAUGGAGACAUUUUUUAAAUGUUUUACAUUUUGUGAACAAUAAACUAUUUCAAAAGUGACAGCAAUAAAAAAAAUUACAUAAAAAAAAACAGGUUAAGGUAUCAAACAAUUUUACAACAAUAAAAAAUGUUUUAAAUAACUGGCAAUGUUUAUAACUCUCUCCUUCACUUCCAUUCCCUUUUUUUUUAAAAAUUGUAUUGUUGUGCAGUAAUAAGUUCCGUCCUUCUUUAAAAAGAGUGUGAUUUUUCAAAACAAAUCAACUCACAAUGAACAAGGACAGUAAGAUGACAAAUAAAUAGACAACAAAUAUAUUAACUGUAGAAACUAAACCAGUUGCAAUAAUAAGGAAUUCUCUAGAUUCUGCUGUACAUCUGCAAAUAAUACUAGUUUUAAAGACUGAUGUGCCAAAAAAAAACCAGGUGGUCUCCAUUCCAAUAGCAAACUACACACAUCCCAAACAUGAGAUCAAUUGCAGUGUUAAAAAGCCAAGUUUAAUUUCUUUCUCUCUCACUCACUCACACACACACACACACACUAGAAACAACUCAACCAACACCCGAUAAAGCAAAGCCAAUCGUAACAAACAAAAAUAACACGAUGCAACAAAAAUGACUAUUUUUGUCAGUGUUUCAGUCUUGUUCACUUUUAUCUGCCCUGCUAAGAUGUCUGGUAUUAAUUACAUUAACUGAUUAACUUCAAGGUUUUCAUUCUGGAUGACCUGUUUACUCCAUUCCUAAUUAAAAUAGGCUUUAUAAUUAAUGAAAGGAUCUAUUGGUAAUUGCUGGACCAGAUGCUGAAAGAUGCCAUGCUUGUUGGUAUGGAAAAACAGAGCAGGCUAAAGCAAACAAGUGAGUUAACAAAGCAACAUUUUAUGCUUAAAAAACAAGAAAGAAACUCAUUUAAAUGCUUAUGAGAAAGCACAGAUCAUCACAUAAAAUUCAAACAAAACUGAAACACUUGUGGGAUGCCACAUAUAUUUUACGGACACCUGUGUUUGAGCAUUUCCACUUAUGUCAUAAAAC